GUUAGCAGAUCGAAAUAUCAUGCUCAGCUGUCUGUGCGGGACCCGCGACCGCCCGUGACCAGUGAACACGCAGAAGGGAACCGUUUCCGGGUUUCUUAAAGAGACAGUACAGCUGUCAUCGCUACAGACCAGAAGGUUCCUCACAGGCAGUUUGAACAUAUAGCACUUUCCCACUGAUUCAACACCUCGUCUACUGGAAGCCAUCAUCCAAGAAUGUUUGAGCAACAGUCAAGUCAAGCCUAUGACCUGCUGUGUUCCUCCUCUCUGUCUGGGAUGAAGUGGGGCUGACAAAGCACGGGCUAUAGAAAGACAACGAAAUAUGUCACAGAAUACGGUGUAACACCACCUCGGGUCCGCCCACCUCUCAACUACCGGAACUUCUUCAACCAAUCGGAAUACAGCUGUAGUUGACGCGCGCUCAGCUCAACCCAGGAGGUCAACGGCGGAAAAAAAUCAGGCGAGUUUCCGCUGUGUCCAUCAAGUGGAUUGAACCGCCAAAAAACGGUAACGCUACACGUGAGAGAUGGCAAGAGAGAAGGACGCAAAAGGAGGAGGGGAGGCCAAGCACAAAGCGGUGAAGAUGAAAAGGCUGAGUGACAAUGAAAGAGCUGGUAACCGGGGAGAUGCGUUUAAGAACAGUGCAAAGGCAGCUAAUGCUACAGAGAAAACUGAAAAUGGAAAGUCUCUUAACAAGGUCAAGGCACCUAAGACAGAAACACUGGAGUCAGCCAGCAGUCCAAGAGAGUCGCUGAAACAGGAGCCAGAGGAUGAUGACUUUGCUGCAAAGGAAAAAGGAUUGAAAAGGAAAAGAAUUAAGGAUGAGUCCAUGGAAGGUCCUUCACAUUCUGCCGCUUCACCUACGACCUCAAAGAAGAAAAAUAAGCAACAUGGGCAGGAAGAAGAAAAUGACAGAGAAGCUCGGAAAAGGAAAUCAAAGAAAAGAACAGAAAAGACGGUAAAGAAAGAGGAAGGAGAGCAUCCAGUCUCAAAAAAAACAAAGAAGACAAAAGUGGAUAUUGAGGAGGCAAGACAGUUGAAGAUCAAAAAGAAGGAGGAGGAGGAGCAGAGUCGCUGGAGAUGGUGGGAGGAAGAGAAGUAUGAAGAUGGGGUGAAAUGGAAGUUUCUAGAACACAAUGGACCCUACUUCCCUUCUGAGUACCAGCCUCUGCCAAACAACGUUCACUUCUACUAUGAUGGCAAGAAGGUGAAGCUGAGCCUGGAAGCUGAAGAGGUGGCGUUUUUCUUUGCCCAGAUGUUGGACCAUGAGUACACCACCAAGAAGGUGUUCCGGGAGAACUACUUUAAAGAUUGGAGGAAGGAAAUGACCAAUGAGGAGAGGUCGCUGAUUAAAGAUCUCAACAAAUGUGACUUUGGAGAGAUCCAUGCCAUGCAUAAAGCCAAGGUGGAGGCCAGGAAAAAUAUGACCAAAGAGGAGAAACUGGUUUUGAAAGAGGCCAACCAGAAGGUAGUGGAAGAAUAUGGCUACUGUCUGCUGGACCACCACAAAGAGCGGAUUGGCAACUUUAAGAUUGAGCCUCCGGGGCUGUUCCGGGGUCGGGGCGAGCAUCCAAAACAGGGCAUGCUGAAGAAGAGGAUCCAACCAGAGCAUGUCAUCAUCAACUGCAGCAAAGAAGCCCGCAUCCCUGUGCCGCCUGCUGGUCACCGUUGGAAGGAGGUUCGAUGCGACAACUCUGUGACAUGGCUGGCCAGCUGGACUGAGAACAUCCAGGGCUCCAUUAAAUACAUCAUGCUAAAUGCCAACUCAAAACUCAAGGGAGAGAAGGACUGGGAAAAAUACGAGAUCGCUCGGAAACUGAAGUUGUGCGUGGACGACAUCCGUAACCAGUACGGCCAGGAUCUCAAGUCUAAACAGAUGGUGACACGACAAAGAGCAGUGGCUCUCUACUUCAUAGACAAGCUGGCACUGAGAGCCGGUAAUGAGAAGGAGGAAGGAGAGACGGCCGACACAGUUGGUUGCUGCUCGCUACGUGUGGAGCACAUCACGCUUCACGAGAAACUGGAAGGCAACGAGUGUGUGGUGGAAUUUGACUUCCUCGGUAAAGACUCCAUUCGCUACUACAACAAGGUCCCCGUCAUCACGAAGGUUUUUAAGAAUCUUAAGCUGUUCCUGGAGAACAAACAGCCUGGAGAUGACCUCUUUGACCGCCUCAAUACAGGCAUGCUGAACAAGCACCUGGGUUCUCUAAUGGCCGGUCUGAGUGCCAAGGUCUUCAGGACAUACAACGCUUCCAUCACCUUACAGCAGCAGCUCAAGGAGCUCACAAACAAGUCUGACAAUGAGCCAGAGAAACUGCUGUCCUACAACAGGGCGAACAGAGCAGUUGCCAUUCUGUGUAACCACCAGCGGGCGCCGCCAAAGACCUUUGAUCAGUCUAUGGCUAAUCUUCAGGCCAAGAUUGAUGCUCGAAAGGAAACGCUGGCCCUCGAAAAAACAGAGCUGAAACAGGCCAAGAAGGAGGCAAAGACCAAAGGCAGUUCAGACCCCAAGCUGCAGAGUCUGGUGGAGCGGAAGAAGGCAGCCGUGAAGCGCUGCGAGGAGCAGCUGCUGAAGUUGGAGCUCCAGGCGACUGACAGGGAAGAAAACAAACAGAUUGCACUGGGUACCUCCAAGCUCAACUACCUGGACCCGCGCAUCAGCGUGGCUUGGUGUAAGAACAUGGAUGUACCUAUAGAAAAAAUCUACAAUAAGAGCCAAAGGGACAAGUUUGCGUGGGCCAUCGACAUGACGGAGGAGGACUUUGAGUUCUAACUUGGAUAAGCUGAUAUUAAAAUGCAAUUAAGGAGCCAUUCACUUCAUAAGACAUACAUAACUUUAAUAUUGCAUUCAGAAUAUAUUCACUACUAAUUGUGUACGUUUUGCUUACUGCUGUUCAGUUCUGCUUGACGCUUUAUUUUGUUGUUCAUUUGUUUGGUUUGCACUAAUUUGAAUAAAGGUUCCUGCUAUGCAGUUAAGUGACACUUUUGAGCAGAUAUUGUUGCAAUAACCUCUAAUAUUAACAGUUAAAGUAAAUUCCCAAUUUCCCAGCCUAGUCUAACAAUGAACUCAAUUUCAAUACAUUAUAAACAAUAUAGA